AUAACGCACUAGUGUUGUGCAGCUGUGCUGCUAAACUGAGUGUUCUGUGGUAAUUUAUUUUUGAAUGUCAAAUUCUAAUUUAUAUACACACAAAAACAAUACAAAUGUAAAUUAGUUACAAUAUUUUGUUAUUUUUAACAGGAGAAAGAAAUUACAAACUUUAGCUUUCCAUUAUUUUUACUAUCCUUACUAUUCUGUAUUUAUACUGAGUAUAAUAACUAUACAAUAUUAUUUCCAAUUUAGUGUAAGUAUAAUACAGGUAUUGUAAAGACAAAUAUUCAGAAAUAACCUCAAAUAAAUGUCUGACGAAAAGGCAAUUAAUAUUGGAAAAAUAUGUAUCCCGGGUAUGAGAGUAAGUUUAUCAAACAAAGACUUUGUAUCUGGUUCUGGAACAUAUGAAUUGAAAGGUUAUAUUUAUGCUGCUCUGGCCGGUGUUUUGAAAAUGGAGGAAGAUGGCGAUAAGAAGGCAAUUGUGGUAUCAGUUGAAAGCCCAAGAACACCAAGUGUACUACCACAAACUGGGGACAUUGUAACAGCAAAAGUAACAGUAGUAAAUUCUCGUACGGUUAAUUGCAUAAUAUUAUGUGUUGGGCCUUCUGUACUAGUCAGGCCAUAUAGAGGUAUACUGAAGAAAGAGGAUAUAAAAGCUACAGAUAAAGAUAGGAUAGAUCCAUACAAAUGUUACCGACCUGGUGAUAUAAUAUUAGCAAGAGUUCUUCCUAUGACUGAAAUUCACUGGUAUCAUUUAUCAACAUCAGAGAAUGAACUUGGUGUCGUAAUAGCCGCAGCUGAGGGUUCACCACAAGGAGUUACCAUGGUCCCUAUAAGUUGGUCAGAAAUGCAGUGUCCCAAAACCCUAGUGAAAGAACCUAGGAAGGUAGCUAGGGUCAUACCCGAGAACAUAAAUCUAGGACUAUUUCCAGUAGAUACAGUGGUAAAUCAGUAAUGAGACCAGCAAAAUAUAUUGUCUAAAUAAAAAAAUAU